AUGGAAGGCAAAGAUAAUAAUAAGGAUCAAAUAGUUGAUGUGAGAUCAGUUGUUGAAGCUAUAUCUACAGAAGAUAAUAUUGAGAUUGAUGUCCCUCUUUAUAAAGUUGAAAGUCUCUGUGAAUUGAACAAUGAAGUUCAGUUUGCUGGUGAAAUUCAGCCGCGGGGGUGUUGUUAUUCUUUAGAUAUCUCAUCAAGCGAUCAAAAGAUGCUUAAUCGACAAGUUGUAAAAUCUGAGUCUGCCACAAUAAAGAUUCCUGAAUUGGAUUUUGAGAUUCCUCCAGAGGCACAGCGUGGCAGUUUGUCAACGGUUGAAGGGAUUUUGAUGCGGGCUGCCAAUGAAUUGGAGGCACUCCAAGAAGAACGCAAGAAAGUGGAUCCUCAGACUGCUGAAGCAAUAGACCAGUUCUUGUUGAAAUUGAGAGCUUGUGCAGCAGGAGAUUCACCAUUCAAAUUCAUCCUGGAUGAUCCUGCUGGAAACAGCUUCAUUGAGAACCCGUUUGCUCCAUCCCCUGAUCCAUCAUUGAAUAUUAAGUUUUACGAGCGAACACCAGAGCAGCAAGCAGCACUGGGCUAUCAAGUUCGCCUAUCACAAAUUGGAGAACCUGGUGAUGGACCAUCAUCAGAAUUGACCGGCAAUAUUUCUGAUCAGAUGCGAAGAGAACCUCAUGGAUCAGUUGGAGCUGCAGCUGGUCAUCGGGCCAUUGCUCAGAGUAAUAGUUCAGAAAUUGCUGAAGCUUUAUUUCGGUACACUGCACCAGAAGAGGUGAUGACUUUCCCAUCAACCUGUGGAUCUUGUGCCAAUAUUCCAUACUUCCAAGAAGUAAUUGUCAUGGCAUCUACUUGUGAUGCAUGUGGUUACCGCAAUUCUGAGUUGAAGCCUGGUGGUCGUAUUCCUGAAAAAGGAAAGACAAUCACCUUGGUUGUGAAGAAUGCAAAUGACCUAAGCCGUGAUGUGAUAAAGUCGGACACUGCAGGUGUGAAAGUCCCAGAGCUUGCCUUGGAGCUAGCUAGUGGUACUUUGGGCGGCAUUGUUACAACUGUUGAAGGUCUGAUCACAAAAAUUAGUGAAAGUCUUGAGAGAGUUCAUGGUUUUACUUUUGGAGAUAGCCUUGAUGAAUCCAAAAAAAGCAAGUGGCAAGACUUUAGAGCAAGGCUAAACAAGCUUCUGAAUGUGGAAGAGCCUUGGACUUUGAUUCUUGAUGACGCAUUAGCAAAUUCUUUUGUUGCCCCAGCCACUGACGAUAUAAAAGAUGACCAUCAGUUAUCAUUUGAGGAAUAUGAGAGGUCCUGGGAACAGAAUGAGGAAUUGGGACUGAACGAUAUGGACACAUCUUCAGCUGAUGCUGCUUACGAUACAACACAGACGGCGACACAGACAACGAUAAAUGGGAAAACUGGAGGGUAA